GAGGUGCAUCAAUUAGAAAGCUCUUGGUAAGAUGUUUGGCAAGCAGUAGCUGUUCCAACAGUCUAGCUAGUCUGCACCAUUUCUGCUUGUUUGCUGGGUUUUGUUUGUGGCUCUUUUAGACCAUGGUGAGGGAGCUAAAGACCUUGAGCUUCUGGAGGGCUGUCCUCGCUGAGCUCUUUGGAACAGCCAUGUUUGUUUUCAUUGGCAUCUUGGCCAUGAUCGGGAAUGGGAACAGCAGCUAUCCAGACCAGGAAGUGAAGGUGGCCUUGGCUUUUGGGCUGGCUGCUCUGAGCCUGUGUCAGAGUUUGUACAACAUCAGUGGAGCCCACCUGAACCCUGCCGUGACCCUGGGCAUGGUGGUCAGCUGCCAGGUCAGCGUUUGUAGAGCAGUGUGGUACAUGUUGGCCCAGAUACUAGGUGGAGUGCUAGCUAGUGGUGUUGUUCUGGGAGUGAGGCCAGCAGCUGUUGAGUCUCUUGGAUUGAACAAGCUGAAUGGAGUCAGCCCAGGACAGGCCUUUGGAAUAGAGUUUCUCCUCACUCUCCAACUGGUCCUGUGCUUCCUAGCAACUACAGAUAAAAAGAGGACUGACGUCUUUGGUUCUGCACCGUUUGCAGUUGGACUCUCCGUGGGUCUGGGACAUCUUGCAGGUAUUAGCUACACCGGCUGUGGAAUCAACCCUGCACGAUCCUUUGGUCCAGCUUUGGUCACUGUAGCAUUUGAGAACCACUGGGUGUUCUGGGCUGGACCAAUGUGUGGCGGUGUUGUGGCUGCGCUCCUCUACGACUUCGUGCUGUGUCCAAGGGGUUAUGACUUUGCUGGACGGCUGAAGGUCUGGUGUCAUGGUGUGGAAUCGUUAUACGGAGAGCCGGAGCCACUGCUAGAGGGAGCUGGUGGAGAGCCAUCAGAGAAACAGUAAUCGGCAGUCACUACUUAUCUGGACUCAGUUGAGUCCUGUUGCUUCCUUGUCAAUACAAAUAAACUGUUCACAUUUUGGCCUGGAUUUCUUUUGAAUUUCUACAUGUGAUGUGCAAAAUGUCCAAGGAAGUCUUUAAUAAAAAGAGAUGGUGUUGCUUAUUUACUGAAA